AUGUCGAAACAAUUCUCUGCUAUCCGCUCUGCGGCUAUUGACGGUCGCGUUCACAAUCCAAUCUACCGCAAAGACCAACUGCGCAAUCUUCACAUUGCUUUGGCAGAUAAUUCAUCCGCCAUUCAAGACGCGAUAGCAAAGGAUUCAAAGAACCAGCCUUCAGAAGUCAAAGUCGAGUACUGUCUCGCGCUACAGCUCAUUGCAGAUGCGUACACUGCCAUCAACCCAGAUCAGCAACUGGAACAAGAAUAUGCAGUGACAAAAGGCCAAGAUGACACAAUCAGUCGCGAACCGGCUGGAAUUGUUGUGAUUGAGCCUUUGAAUCACGCUUUCUUUUAUGGUUUAAUUUCUGCGCUGGCGCCUGCUCUUGCGGCUGGAAACUGCAUGAUUGUUCAGUCUCAAAACUCCUUACGCGAGACACCAAAGUUGGUGCUGGAACUCAUCGAAAAGUCACUAGACAGAGAUAUCUUUACUGUCUCAGCCCAACCCGUCACACCAGAAGAUAUCAACACGUCUCACAUUUUCGUCUCGCAAAAUGGUUCAACAGGUCCCAUUCUUCGCAACCAUCUCGUCUCAGACCUCAAAGCACCCGUAAUAGCAUUUGUCGAAAGAGACGCGGACAUCACAGCCGCCGCCCAAGCUCUUGUGUCAGCGCGCUUCAGCCUCCAAGGCAAAUCACCCUACGCGCCUGACGUGGUGUUUGUCAAUGAGUGGGUCAAGAAGGAUUUGCUGCGUGCCCUUGUGCAACAGAGCACUGAGUUUCUGGCGACGUCGCCUACGAAAGGCAGAGCUUUGAAGACACCGCUUGCGAGGGACGUCGAGAAGGAUGAUAGUACACAUGUUGUGCUUUCUGGGUCGAAUGGAGUCAUUCUUGAUGUUCAGAAUAGAUCGUCGAGUCUGCUGAAACAAAAGGUUGAAGAGACAACUUUGAUUGUUCACGCGGUUACAAGCAUGGACGACGCUAUCGACGCGUCACGAGAUAUCGGAUCUCUUGCCGCCGCAUACGUCUUUACAACACCCGCAAUGGCCAAGUACAUAUGCCAAUUCCUCGACACAGCUGUCAGCUAUGUCAAUCAGAUUCCCGCCAAGCUUCUCUACUCUCCCGUCGCGCCACUCGGCUCCCCUCCCCGACCAAGCACCAACAACAUCUACCACGAAGAUCAAUUCUCCAGCUCAAAACCGAAAUACCUCACAAAGUCAAGUACGGAGCAAAAGCUGGCCAAGAUCCUUGGAACUUCAACCGCGACUGAAUUGCGGGCGUUGGAGGUGGAAGCGACAAAGAGACUUCCAGAGAUUAAGCGACGACUCAAGGGAACACAGCUUGGGUUCUUUGAACAGGGUAUUGUUACGAGUUUGGUGUUUGUCUUGACUACGCUUGUUUCUGGGACAGGGUUGCUUGGGUACUAUGGAAUACGAUAUUGGCGGUCUUGA